AGUGCAUAGUGCUAGUGGCUCACUCUCCAUGUCUUUUUUUCUGCCAAUUGCUCGCGUAUUCCUCACUCUCAUAAACAAUCCACAACACACAAUCCCGAAUACCAAACCAAAUCAAAACCAAGAAAUUUCGAUCGGCUCAUAAAAUAAACUGUGGCCAUCGUAUUAGGCUGCUUCUAUUUGUGUGUGUGUGUGUGUGUGUGAUCCUGCGUAUAGUAUUAGUAUAGUGCAACCAUUUAACGAAUUACUAAACAAAAAGAGAAGAGAUCUGAAAUGUAUCACAUCAUUGUGAAUACAAAAUACACAACAAACAAAAACGAUCUGUCUCCACUUUUGUUGUUGUUGUUGUUGUUGUUUGGUGCUGGUUUUUUGUGUUCAUGUCCAUGUAUUUUGUGUGUGAAUUGGCCAUUAUCAUCCGUAUAUCAGCGUUAAUUGGCAACAAACAGGAUCAGCAUAAAACCAGGAUUUCAAAACAAAAAGAUCCAAAAAGACGAUCGACCAAUUUAAUGCUACUCAAAUUGAAUCUUUAUUCUUCCGUUUGAAUUUUUUAACAAAUUAUCGAAUGAAUUAGUUGAUUUAUUUGAUUCAUCAUCAAGGUGAUCAAUUCUUUGCCCAUUACUGUAUAUGUUGUUUGUGUUUCCAAAGAAAAUUUGCAACCGGUUAAAAAUUUGUCCAACAUCCUUAAGAAUAAAUUGAAUAUAUCAUUGUCGGUAAUUGUUUGUAACCACCUGAAAGCAGCAUUCCUAAAAUGUGAUCAUUUGAUUACUGAGAAUCAUCUAAUGAUAAUAAUGCAGCAUCAACACAUAACACGAUGAUAAUGAUGAUGAUUAUAUACGACGAUGCAUUCAUUGAGAUGUAGUAGUUGAAUUAUUAUUGUAUAUAUCCAAAUAAACCAAAGUAUCAUCGAAUCAACAACAGGCAUUUUUUUCUUUUUCUAUCAAUCUAUUAUUCCUCACCGUCAAACAUCACCGAAACCACCACUACACACAAAUCACCAUUCAAACAACGUUAGUUGUGAUCGACAUUGAAAUAUAAUAAUUUUUCCAAGUUUCUCUCUCCCUAUCGUUCUUACUAUUCAUACUAUUCACCACCUUUGAAGCAAAAUAAUAAUCAGGGACAACACGAUCAUAAUUUUGAUUUGUUGCCGUUGUCAAUUUAUUCGUUUGAUUCAAAAAAUUUAAAGAGAAAAAAAUAAACAUACUUUCUUGGCACUCUUUCUCCCUAUUAAUCUAUUAUCAUCGUUUUUAUGAAUUAUUCUUGUUAUAAAUACAUCGCCAUAAUAAUAUACUCAUAGUUCCAUAGCGGAUGAAUUUAUGGAUUAUUAUUAUUCUGUAUUUCAUUUGAUAAUGCCUUCAUCUACUGAAACCUCAAGCAAAACAGCCUUUUGAUUCAUAGAGAAUCGUUUUCAAUGUUCGAAUCAACAGCAAUCCAUUGUCCAAAGUAACUUUCGAUUUCAUUUUUUUUUUUUUUUUGAAAUUUCAACUCUUCAUUUGAACAAUAAUAGAUGAUGAAAAAUCGUCUCUUUUAGUAACGAACGAACAAACUAGUUAAAAAAAAUCAGCAAAGCAACUUGGCCUAAACAAUUGAAUCGUUCCAAUGUCAAAUAUCAUCAUCAUAUAGUCUCAACCGCUUGUGUGUUUGUUGAUGCAGUGCAUUUUAAAAUUGUUAAAAACUUAAUAAUUCGGCUAAAUUAUUUUAGUAAUUGAUUUCAUAAUCGUAUCGAUUUUCCACCAUUAUAAUGACAACAAUCUUGUGUAUUGUGAUUCGAUCAUGAAGAAUCGAAUGCUUUCAUCACUGAACAAGAAUAGAAUUCAUUCAUUAUCAGAUAGUGAUUUGAUAAAAAACCAGUUCUACAACCACCAACUACAUAGAUUUUUUGUAUUCAAUUCGUGUGAUUAUUCUGACAUUAAAAAUUGUUAUCAUUCGGCUUCUUCCCUAUUGAAGAGAGUGGAUCCUUUUUUGUCGAUAUUCGGUAAUCAAUCACUAAUCAAACACGUACAUUAACUGUGUAUUUGGAGUUCUAUGAACGACCAUAAAUUCAGUAUAUACUAAGUGAACAACAUUAUCCUCCGUUUUUUUGUGCAAUAACCGUAUCAUUGCAUUGAUCAUCAUCAAUUGCAGCAUCUUGGCCAUAUCUGUUUAAAAGAUCGCGCGCGCGACUACAAACAACAACGGCGGCCAGCAUCUAUCCAUCCACGACGUCGAUUUGUUGGCUGCUUGGUUAGUUUGAGGUUGGUUGGCUAGUCGAUCUCUUGAAUACGAAAAAAAAAUAAUAAUAAUAAGGAAACAAGUCUUCAUCGUGGCUCCAGUUGUGGUUGUUAUGGUGCCCAACUUCAAUAUACAUUCAUUUGUUGGUUUCAUUCAUCAAUCUUGUUCGGCCGGUCGUUCGGUCUGUUCUCUUUUCUUUCGUAUCUUCUUCAAAUGAUUAUUUUCUAUCAACCUGUCGUCAUCAACUUGCUGGAUUGUCAUAAUUCAUCUAAAUAACAUUGGCCAAAAGUUUAAGCUCUACCCAUAAUAACUGGAUAACUGGAUAUCAGUAUAUUUUGGAAUGGCUCCAUAAUCAUCAUCAAUAUCGUAAUAAAAUUCAUAUAUACCAAUCAUCAUUAUAUAGAUUAUUAUUGCCAUUCAAUAAAAGGCACAACAGCAGCAUUUAUCGGUUAUGAUUGUUUAUCAUCAAUGUUAUCAGCUGAACGAUUCAUUUUGGAUGGUAGCCAUCAAAAAUAUUGUUGAUAACGACAAUGAAGAGAAUGCAUAUGAUAAUGAUGUUGUUUGCCUGAUUCUAUUUCGAACAAUAUCUUCGUUUUUUCAAGCGUGUUGGCCGUUUUUCUGUUUUUCAAUUUUACUGACUUAAUUUAUAUCCACACAUCCAUUACGACUUGACCAAAUAUUGAGUGAUUUCUAUGAAAUUUCCAAUAACUUCAAUCAAGAUCAAUUAAUUAUGUUUAUGAUCAUCAAACGUGAUCUGAUCUCAUCGAGCGUAUGUGUUCGUCUCUUUAGCAGCUAGUGUCGUGAAUAAAAUCAACAAGUCAUUUCACAACGACUUAAUUCUAUUAUUAAUUUAAUCAUUUCUCGAUUUAAUUGAUUUCCUCCAUUAACUACAAUCAUUGCUUCGACACCGGGAUCAUUAUUGCCGCAUCAGCCGCCGUCAUCAUCGGCAUCCAUUUCAUCGGCGGCUGAUUGGCCUUCAUCGUCACCUACCACAGUUGCAUCUUCUCAGCUACCCAUACCAUCCGCAUUAUCCUCAUCACCAUCAUUAGGGCCAAAUUCCUCUACAUCAUCUGCACAGCAGCAACAUCAUUCACUUUCAUCGCAUCUAGCAUAUCAGUCUUCUCAUCACUAUUCACAACAUCACCAUUUGCCUCAUCUGAAUGGAGGUGGUCAAUCAGUUGUUUCAGCCAGCAACAUCAAUCACCAUCAACAACAACAACAACACCACCACCCACAACAACAACCUCAAGCUAGUCCUCUUGGUUCACAACAACAAAUGAUGUGUGGCAGCGGAAAUGGAUCCACUACACCAAACGGUCAUCAGAUGUACCAUCAACCACAAUCAUCUUCAACAUCAUCAUCACCGGCAAUGAUGAUGACGACAUUAUCACCACGUGCAGCUGGUGGUGGUGGGGCAUCUGCAUCCAGUUCUCCAGGAUACAGUAGUCAUCACGUCCAACAACAACAGCCAUUCCAUCAACCUUUGACUCCGACACAAAAUCAUGCCUCGACACCAUCACCUCAACCGCAGCCACAUCAUGGCCAAUUUCAACCAAGUCGGACACCUCCGAUGGCCUCAUCAUAUGGUCAUUCUCCAAUAAACCAUGUUGAACAUGGUUCUGGAGGUGGUUCAGUACAAGGAAAUGGGGGUGCUUGUUACGAUGUUGUUAAUAGGCUAAAAAAUCGUUUGGAUCUUUAUCGUUCGCAUCAUGACCAAUCAUUGGCCAAAGAACAACCGUUUCUCGAACAAUAUAAUCAAAAAAUAAAGCUAGAAACUUCACGGCUUGUCAAAAAACAACAGGCCGCUAAUGAAGUUGCAGCACAAUCUACAGGAAGAAAGAAACAGGCCGGUGGAGCGAAUACUACUUCCGGAGGUGGUCGAUCACGUGGCGCAAAUGCUGGUGGAAACAAACGAUCAGCAAAUUGUUUAAUGCUCGAUUCAUCGAAUAGUCCAUCAAAUACGAUGACACCACCAGGAACAGCAAUUUCGGCCGGAUCGUCACCAACGCCAGGAGCUACGGGUGCAACAACGACUGGUCCAACCAAAGCCAAAAUGCCCAGAUUGACUGCGAAGCAGCGAAAACAACUCAAACAACAACAACAACAAUUGGAACAACAACAACAACAACACCAAAUGAUGAGUGGUGGUAUUCCUAAUUCUCAAUUAAUGAUGCCGAUAAGUGGUGGUGGUCACCAUGGCCAACAACAACAAGCUACCUCACAACAACAAUCAAACAAUGAAAUAAUAAUGAAUGGAUCAUCAUCGCCUUCUGUCUAUAAAUUUGAUCCGAAUCAUCAUUCCCCACAUACAAAUGAAAUAAAACCACCUCCUAUGAACUUUUUAAGUCAAAGUUCUGGUUUGUCGUCGCCUUAUCAUCAACAGCAACAUGCAUUUCAUCAUCAACAUCAAGGUGUUUCGAUCAAACAAGAAGAUUUCAGUAGUACCGGCAGCGGAUGUUCUAAUCCAUUCAACCAAUUGGAUGCCACAUCGCUUCAGGAUCUACUUAUGGACAAUGGGCCUUCAUCGAUCAACAAUCAAAAUCUUCACCAUCAACAACAACAACAACCGCAGCAACAAAACCAUUAUCACCAUUCAAACACGGAUGAUGAUUCCAAAGAUUUGAUAAAUCAAAUUUUAGAAAUGGACCCGGAUGGAACUGGUCAAACAUCUAAUGGUAUCAAUACUAAUGGCCAAUCAAAUGGACAAUUUUCCAUUUUUUCCAAUCCGUCAGAUAAUUCGUCUAUAUUCGGUUCUUCGGCUGAUGAUUCAAUUCUUUCGAAUCGUUUUGGUGAUGAAGAUUUUAUUACGAAAGUAUUGGAAGAUCUGAACAACGGAUUCAACACUGACCCUGUUCCGACAGCAACGAACAAUCAACAUUCAUACCAGCAACAAAAUUCGCAUCAACAUCAACAAAACGUUGAAAGUAGUGGCUACAACCCUCAUUAUAACAACAAUUCAGGCGAAGCAGUCCAUUCACCUAUGAUGAAUGGCCACAUUCAUCCGAUGAAUUCUUUAAGUUCCCAUCACCAGCAACAAACGAUGGAUCCCGCAAGCAAUUCUUUUCAUUCAUUCUCGAAUCCAUCUACACCAGGGUCGACAAUGAAUUCGAUGAACAUGAAUCCAGGUUCAGCUGCUUCAUGUGGAUCCGGUGCAUCGUCUCCAAUGAAUACACAUCCUUUUCAUCAGCAGCAAUUACAACCACAAACAAAUGGUCCUCAGCAGCAACUGCCUAAUUUCCAUCAAUUACGUCAACAAACACCCACUGGUCAGCCUAAUAGCACGCUACCAUCGUUUCACACCAUUGGACCAAUGAAACAACAACAGCAGACAAAUAAUCUCUUGGUACCGAACAAUGCUGGUAAUGGUGGCGGCCAUCAAUCACCUCGAUUAAAUUCUCAACAAGUGCCUCAACAACAACAACCGAAUGGUAGCAAUAAUUUCGCUCAAUCACAACCAAUGACCAACAAUAAUAUCCAAUCGUCAUCGAUGACUCCCACGCCACCACUUGGAUCACAAUCACCUCUCAAUAGUCAUGUGAUGAUAAAAUCUCCAUAUGGUGGAUCUGCUGGAGGUAGACCGAAUUCGACUGGACCACCACCCACAGUAACAGGACCAAAUAGUGGAGGUCAAGCUUCCAAUUUAUUAUUACAGCCAGUUGUUCCAAGUCCAGAUUCGACGGCGGUGAACAACAAAAUGAUGAUAUCAUCUCCUAGAUCAGCCUUGUGUCAACGUACGACACCAUCACCCGGCGUUACAAUGUCAUCCCCGCUUCACCAUUCUCAUGGUUCUACGUCUACGACCAUUUCGAUGUCAUGUCCUCAAUCCUCGACGCUAUCGACGACCGCAAAUAACAAUGGUGCAGGAGCGAAUGCUUCGGUCGCUUUGAAACAAAUGGCACAGGCACAGCAAAAUAAAUCAUCUUGGAAUCAAAUACAACAAGCUUCUCCACAAGCCAAUGAAUUCUAUCAUAAUUCCGCACAACAACAACCAUCUCAACAGCAACAAGUAGCGCAAGGGCAACAACAACAAAUGCUAAGACAUCCUAGCCUGGUCGGCUCUCAACGUAUGAUGACCAGUAUGCAAUCACAGGCCAACUAUUCACCACAACAGCAAAUAUUGUCUGCUCAGCUUCAACAGAAUCUGAACAAUAAUCAACAACAGCAGCAAUACGCAACUAGGCCCCGUGUUGUAAUGAUGAAUCAACUACAAACUCAACCACCGCCUUCGUCGACCACUUCCUAUCAACAACAAACGUCUACAAAUCAAGUAAGAACACCGAGCUUUUAUCAGCAACGUGGCCCAUCGCCCAAUGUUACGACACCGGGUAAUCAACAACAAUUGAUUCGUAAUCAAAAUAUCCGAACCCAGCGAAUGAUGCAACAGCAACAACGAAUGCAGCAACGAUUUCAGACAGGACCAAUGAGACCGACGACUGGAUAUAAUAAUCCUCAACAGCAACAAAUGACGCCUUACAAUAAUAAUAAUGCUAUGGGUGGUGUUGUUGGUGCCGCUACAUCAUCGAUGAUGUCCAUGCAACAAUCACAAAGAUUCAUUACAAAUCAGAAUGGAUCAGCAUCGACCAUGGAGCAACAACAAUCACAACAGUAUAGCAGCGGUGGAUGGUCACAGCCGCAACAGUCCCAGUCAAUGAUGGCGCCUAGUCAACAACAGCAACAAUCACAGCAAUAUUCUUCGAUGCUACAGCAGCAGACAAAUUAUGCUCGUAAUAAUCCUGGUCCUGGUCCUGGUGGUGGUGGUUAUUUUUGAUUCAAUUAGUGUGUAGGCGUCUCUGGGAACUACUUUAGUCAAAUGUAUUGUCAGCCAUACUGCCUUGUAAUUUAUGAAUUUAUAUUCUGCGUUGGUUGCUCAUCAUAUAAUCGCGACAAUAUGAUUGCCAUAGCCACACCACAUGGUCACAAUCUUAUACAGAGUUUUAUUUUUUAUAUAAUAAUUGAUGAUUGAUUGGCCCACGAACAACAAUCGGGCUAUUUUCAAUCAUAAAUAGAAUCAUGUUUGAAUUUGUAUUAUUUAUUUAAUCAUUAUAUAUAUACCGAAUAUUGACGUGGACGAAAAAUUGUUUUCCCGAA